AUUUAGUCGUUUAAAAUUGAAUUAAAUAAGUAUCACCUUAAGUUUAUCUCCGUCUAAAUUGGUACGAAUGAUUCAGUUGCAUAAAGGGAAGGAUUUCUCGUUGGAGAAGCGCCCACUCAUCUGGCUCAAUAGCUCGCCGUGAUCGUAUAGUGGUUAGUACUCUGCGUUGUGGCCGCAGCAACCCCGGUUCGAAUCCGGGUCACGGCAGGAAAUGCUGGUCAUUUUUUUGUGUUGAGAUCCGAUUUAAAACAUGUUUGAAGGAAGGUAAUCAUUGUAUUUACAAUGAAACUUUGCUACUGCCGAUCUCCCUAACUUCCGGAAGCGAAGGCGUGUCACGUGAUUCRAGGGCUGUCCAAUCAGCUGCCAGAAGCGGACGGCUCGUAAUUUUGAACAGACAGCGAGCGAUGAGUGCUGCAGCUAAUUAGCUAGUAGCAAAACAUCGACAUAUUUCUCCAAAGAAUGGACGUUACGCUGUUUCUCUACUCUGGAUGAGGUGGAAACAACUCCGUGUUGUUAUUAUUAAACAUGGACACUCAUAUUAUCACUCCUGGACCCUAUCGAGCUACAAAAUUGUGGAAUGAGGUGACGCGUUUGUUUCGGGCCGGCAUGCCCGUCAGGAAGCACCGGCAGAACUUCAGGCACCAUGCUUCCUGCUUCACGGCCGCCGCCGCCGUGGACUGGCUGCACCAGCUGCUCCAGAGCAACAGCAACUUCGGCCCCGAAGUCACCAGGCAGCAAACCGUUCAGCUGCUCAAGAAGUUCCUGAAGAACCAUGUGAUCGAAGACGUGAAGGGCCGCUGGGGAACGGAGGACCUGGAGGACAACCACAUGCUCUUCAGAUUCCCGUCUACUUCUCCUCUGAAACCGAUCCCGUGUCCAGCUCCGGCGYCAGGCUGCAGGUCCAUAAAGAAGCGRCCGUCRCUCCGGGACCGGGAAGGUUUCUUCAGACUGAGGAGCCUGAGGAACCAGGAGAAAGACUCCAUGGAGAACAUGGAUCCUGCACUCCAAACGCCACGAGACAAAUCAAAUMCGUCGGCAGAAGAGCAGCAGCACCAGAGACGAGAGCUGACGCUGGAGGAUGAGCAGGAAAUCUGGAGAGACGUCACUCUGACGCACCUGCACAGGAUUCUGGGCGUCUCUUCUCUGGAUGAGGUUUUGGACCAGCGGCACGUAAACCCUCAGAACAUCAUCCACAACAUGACCAACGUCAACAAACACGGAGUCGUCACGCUGGAGGACAAGAGCAAUGAUCUUCCUCAUUGGGUUUUAUCUGCCAUGAAGAGCCUGGCGAACUGGCCGAAGUACGACAGCGACCAGCCGUCCUACCCCGGCUUUGAACGAGACGUCUUCAAAACGGUGUCUGAUUACUUCUACAGCCUCCCUCAGCCGCUGCUCACGUACGAACUGUACGAACUGUUCAUCAACGUUCUGGUGUUGUGUGGAUAUGUCGCAGCGCCCCCUACGCUCCAGCGUGGGAAGCGAAAGAGUUCGGAGCUGCCGUCUGUUGUGCCGGCCAAGUCGUCGUUUCGCUCCACGGAGUGCCUCCUCCUGUCGCUGCUCAGGCAGGGCUCGUGCGACGAGGCCGAGUCGCCCAUGAGGGCCGUCCUCAGCGGGACGCUCCAGUCACGCAAGGAAUCGGGCAGCGUUGGCGCCGGCGGCACGAAUCUGAAAAUGGUUAGGCUUCGCACAAGAAGCUGCUCCCUGGAAACCAUCCUGGAUCGUUCUCCUCCUCUGCGCGGCCUGCAGCCGUUUCCAUCCAGCGACGAAAAUCCCGUUUUCCCACCUCAGGACGGGCCCUUGAACACAACGUUUACGACCAAAUCGGACAGUUUCGUUCGCGAAAACGCAGCAGGCGUUGUAACCAGGAGCUCCGCUGGUUCCAGGAUUAGACGGUUAGACGGUCAGGCGUCGGCGCGGCCUCACAGCGCCAGCAGCUGCCUGGACAUCGUCAUGGAAACCAAAGAAGAAGAACAUGGAGGGACGAAGUGGUCCAGCUGCCUCAACGUGAACCAGUAUCCUCCGUCUUCCUCCCAACAGCUUCUCUUUCUCCCAACCAAAGCUCAAGCUCACGCCUCCAGUACCUCUAACCUUUGGGCGCUCCCGGCGCCCGCCGCCCGCCGAUGCCUCAGCUCGCUGGACGUGUCCAAGCCGCCGCCGCAGCCGCAUCGGUCUGCGUCGCAUCUCAAUCUGCCCGUCUGCGUGGCUGCCAGACACUUCCAGCUCCCCCAACCCAAACCUGAGCACAGCGUUCUCCAGCCGCAGUGCGAGCGCGUCGCCAUCGAGGCGCUGCAGCUCUGCACGCUGCUCCUCCCGCCGGCGUCCCGCAGGAAGCUGCAGCUCCUCAUGAGGAUGGCGUCCCGCAUCAGCCAGAACGUGGACAUGCCGCGCCUCCACCCGGCCAUCGGCACCCGGACGCUGGUGAGCGGCGAAUGGACGACGUGUUUUCCAAACGCCGCAGAUGUUUUUCAGAAGCAGUACCCCGACAUCUACAGCCGCCGCUUCCCUUCCUGCGGCGAACAGAGCAAAACCGACAACAAGCCAAAGAUCAAACCGCCGCUGCUCAGCAUCAAGAAGACCUUCAGCAUCAGGAACUGA